GACGGAUCAGAUCAGGGCGUUGAGGUGUUCUGCUCGUCUGGAGCCGCGGCGGGGUGCGGCGAGGUCCUCCAGCCGGCCCGGCGGCCGCUGGCCCAGCCCAGAGGGUUUCGCGGACGCGUUAUUCAGGUCAGAGUUGCUCAACCCUGCACGACCAGCCGUCCGGCCCCAGUAAAACAGGAUGGCGCCGAUAGGACAGUUGCCGCAGCCCUUCCUGGAGCCUGAUCGGGUGCCGAAGCCUACGGAUCGGGACAAGGAUGUGGCUACCAUCAGGGCUUGGGUCAACACACAAACCCACCUGCCGCCCCUCACAGAUGACCACUUGCUCCUGUUCCUGCACAGUUGUAACUACGCACAGGACCGCACCCAGAAGACCAUCGACAGUUACUUCACCACGCGCACCAACGAAACUUAUCUGUUCAGCGACAAAGACCCCCGAUCCGGGGACCUGAAACACGUCUUCGGAGUCGCGGAGCUCGUGGCUUGUCCGGAGCGCACCAAGGAGGGCUACGGCGUACUGCUCUACCGCCUGACUGACUUCGACCCAUCCCACGUCGACCUGCUCCAGGGCAUGAAGUCGUUUUUUGCUUUCAACGACGUUCGCCUCAGCGAGGACGGCGUUAUACCCGGCUACGUGGUCGUCUUCGACAUGCGUGGCAUCACUCUGUCGCACCUGGCCAUCGUGACGCUCUCUGGCAUCCGCAAGUUCAUGCACUAUAUCCAGGAAUGUCACCCAUGCCGGCUUAAGGCUAUUCACGUUAUCAAUACUGUGAAGUGGUUUGACAAGAUUCUAACCAUCAUUAAGCCCUUUGUGAAAAGCGAGCUUCUGCAAAUGCUGUCAAUGCAUGGAGAAGACCUCAGUACCAUGUUCAAGACUAUCCCCCAGAGCGUCCUGCCUGCUGAUUAUGGUGGAAAAGCUCCUCUCUGUAAGGAGCUUCAUGAUGCACAUGUUAAGCUGAUGGUGGAUAAGUACACUCUAUGGCUGAAACAAGAGGAAUCACUUCGUGUAGAUGAAAAGAAACGGCCUGACAAAUGCAAGAUUCCGAAGUUUAACACUAUGGAAGGUUCAUUCCGUUCCUUAGCAAUCGACUAAAGUACAAAUUUAGUUUAUUGGUAAUUCGUUAUUUUAAAUUCACUGGCUUCACUGCCUUUUUUCUGUUUCAAAACGAAACAGUCUGUACCAUUUUUGUUUUUUCGUUGUUUUGUAUUAUUUUUUCGUUUCUCACUGCGGUACUUUGAACAUAAGUUUAAGUUUUAUUUUCAUCUUGCAAAAUUAAUUGAAUGUGUAACUAAGAUAAUCCGCACUUCAAUGUGCGAUCACCCUCCUCUCGUACUUUCCCUCGCAAUUUUGUGAUCCUGAUACUUCUUUUAAACUGUGAUCAAUAUUCUCCAUUACUAGAUUUAUGACAUUGUAAUGAAAUGUGCUGGACACAUCACAUUACUGUUUAGUUUGCUGCAUUCGUUGUUUCAUUGUUAAAUGAGCUACAUUUUCAUGAAAAUCAAAUUAUCAGUAGAACGCCCAAUAAAUCUUUUCAAAUCUAAA